AUGAACGACAUCACGGACGUCAAAGCCUUUGCACUCAGUACUGCUGCACUCUACAUCAAGUUCCUGGCGUCCACUGUGAUCCAAGGACGUAAAGCUUUUGCUGAAAAUACACAAAUGAUAGCCAAGGCGGUUGUGUGCACAUUGGGACUCCAGCUCACCAAGUUUACACCGUGGCUAUGA